AUGGCUGAUAGUCUCAGCUUCACCAAUACCGCAUCUCGAGAUGAUUCUGAUGUUUUGCUCAUAGUCUUGAUGUGUAUCGUUUUUUGCUUUGCCAUCCGUCACGCUAACGACUUUUACACUGGAGAUACGGCGAAGGAAGGAGUCUGGAGUGGUCGCUUCCGCCAUAAAGAAGAUCAUCGCAUUCUUUCAAAAAUCGAGGCCGAUUUUGAAAAUAUGUAUAAGAAACUGAAAGGCAAGGAUGCGAAGCCUCGUCGAAUGGAAAAUAUCAGUUAUCUAUGA